CCUGUGUGUAGCCUGAGCGUGAGAGAAGAGAGCAUCGCCCUGCAUCCUCGUUGUACAGUAAACUCUCCUCAUUACGCUUCAUGAAAACAGGCUUCUCGUGACGAGAACAUGUUAGAAUUCUUUUUGCACCUGCUUUUUCUCUUCUGCCUGGGUCGAUACGCAGAUUGUCAAGAUACUCGAGUGAUCUUGGAUGGGAAACCAGCGAGAAUACCGUGCGAUUUAACGAAUCCUGCCACUGUCCUUUGGUUCCGAGUAGGGAACACGGGGAUGGACGUCAUAGGAUUUAUCGACAGCAAAGGAGUGAAUCAUAACCGCGCGGACGGUAGCUCCACUAUCAUGAGAAAGGAGGACAUAACAAUUAAAGAUUUCAACAAGAAGCGCGACAGCGGAGUCUACGGCUGCUUGACGACAAGCGGUCAGAAAUUAUUAUUUGGGAAGACCUCUACCCUCGAUGGACCUCCUGACCCAACCACCAUGACAACUCCUCUAGUGACGACUGCCCCUCCACCUAGCACCACUACAACUCCCUGUCCCUGCAAAACAUUGAGGAAGCCUGAUUCCCGUGGCAGCUGUGAAGUGGCCAUCUUGGCCCCAUUGGUGGUCGGCUGCAUCCUCCUCUUUCUCAUCCUCAUCCUCACCAUCCGCCACUGCAGCCGCAUUAGAACGAGAGGGUGCCCACACCACUACAAGCAAAGGAAGCCCACACAAGCCAACACUGCCAAGCCCGGGAGAUAUAUCUAGCUGCCAACAGCAACCUCGUCUGCACAGGCAAGGAGACUGAGCGCGUGUUUGACUGAAUAAUGAGAGUGACGCACCUGAGAAAUAUAGAAACAUAUUCCUCUUAUAUUGAGAACUGACAUAUCUAUUCAUCUUUAGCAUUGUGAAAAAAGCUCUUCUUUAAUAAUAAUAGUAGUAGUAGUAGUAGUAAUAAUAAUAAUAAUAAUAAUAAUAAUAAUAUUCUCAAGAGAAGAUGAGAUGGGUGUUCAUAGGAUUCUGAGGGUGUUAUUAGAGCUUAAUUUCUGUUACCUUGCAUAUUGUUCAUUAUUUUAGAAAGGCAAAUAUUUGGAUUACUGUAAAUAUAAUUCAUUUUGCUGUAAAUGUUUAAUAUAUUUAAAUCUUUUAUUGUCGCUCGUGAUAGUUUGUUUUAAAAGGAUAGUGCAAGAUGUAGACUGGCAACAGAUGUAGUUCCUGCAAGUCACGUUUACUUGGUUUUGCAACUGAACAAUAUCCUUCAACCAUGGAGUGUGCCAGUGCACACUCUUUGAAGUAUUUCCCAUUCUGCUUUGUCAUACUUCAUUUCAGUGAUUUCUCAGGAAUAAUAAAGGCUUUUUGUUGGAUGUUUCACAGUGUAGUACAUUCUGUAGUUCUGUAGUUUUUGCAUUUCUUCAAACAAAUGUAAAUUGCACUGGGUGCCGUGAAUUGCUUGAUAUGGUACUGUGGCUGGUUGUUAAAGUGUACUAUUGUUAUAUAGCCAUAUAUGUGUUGGUAAAAGACAAAUUUUGAGCAUGCAAGGAACCAGGAUAGAUGGAUUAGAAAUAAGAGUCUAUAAAUCAGGGUACUGAAUGAGCAGUAUUGCAAGUAUUUCAUUUUUGACACACAAAACUUCAGUGAAAUGUUCAAAUGUAAUCAGACAUGCAUUUUUUAUGUUUUCUUUAUGUGGUACAUGAUUGCACAUACAGCUGUUCAAAUUCCUGCAUGUGACCGUAAUUUCAUAUUCACAAACAUUAAUGUAUGUUUUCUACAUUGACCCGCAUAAUUUCUUGUGUUGUUUCAUGAAUAGAUCUGCUUGAUUAAUUCUGAAAUUAGCCCUCUUGUAUUGCAAAUAUGAAUUGCUAUCUCAAGGUGAGGUCACUAUACAUGUACAUCAUAAACAAAAACCUACAUAAACAAACAGACAACUGUAUUCCUUUUUGUUUUUUCCAUUUUUAUAAAACAUUUUGAAAUCCAUCUGUUCCAUAAACACCGUCAUUAAAGCAAAAGUACCCACAACCGUUCAACAAAAACAAUGUAAUUUCUAAAAUGUUUUUUUUUUUUUUUUGUCGUGAAAUCUUGUUUAGCAAUUGCUGUCAAAGCACUUUCUAUGUCAACCUUAUAUCUCAGCAGUGUCUUAAAGGAGGCUUCUACAGGGUAAAAUGCUCUUGGGGUGUCUAUGGGAGAAACUAUUAAACAAGUUUAGACAAGAUGCAGUUAACAAAAAGACAAGUUUGAAAGAAUUCCAGAACACACCCCUAGCCUAAAGUUCCAUGAAAACAGACAAAGCAAUUAUCAUUAACCAUUAGGCCAA